AACAGCCUGGGAGAGGUUGGUUGGAUGGUCGCGCAUAGCCUCAACAACGAGUCCCUAAGCCAUAUCGCUGCUCUGCCUGGAAAAGAUUCACAGCAUGAUCAAACCUUUCUCGCUCUUCGUCACAUACGGUCUAAAGGUCGCCACUGUGGAAGCUAGACAGCUUCAGAUUGCCGUGCAGUUGUAUGCGACAAUGAAGGAAACAUUGGUCGACAUCAUCUCGAUCAAGACCGAAAAGGGCAAUAUUCUCCAGUUGCCCGAAGACCACCGUAUCCGCAGUUGCGUUGAAGAGAUGAUGACAGUUGCCAAGAAGUUCAUAAUCGGAGUAGAGGAGAAAUUCGGAGAAACCUCCGACUACAAAGGUACACACACUAAGCGGCUCAUAAAGCAAUUCAGCGAAGUCUUCAACAGCGAGCACGAACCCUGGCUUCAGGAGCAACUUGACGAAUUCACUCGUAUGAGAAAGGCCUUUUCAGCGAAAGUCAAGGUAGCCACUUACUUGAAAGUCAGCGAAGUGCACACGGCGGUCCACGGGAUAGAUGCCAAGGCUUCGAUUAUCCAAGACGAUAUCGCAGCACUAGCAAAAGACUUCAAGGAUGUUGUCGAGGCCAGGGCUGUUGUUGAGCAUAUCAGCGCGAUGAUGGCGAAACCGAUCCCGGGCAUCGAUCACCAGAAGGCGCUAAUCGAUAAAUGUACUAAACGAAUGGAGAAGUACCCAGACCCUCUCGAGCUGCGCGACAAUCAAGGGCGACGGAUCAUCUACUGGGCGGCGCAUCACAAGCUGCCCGAAGUUUUCCGCUGGGCUCUGGAAGCCAGUGUCCCGCUUCUUCAGAAGGACGGCUUUGAUCUCUUCCCGGAGGACAUCCCGGAGAGUUCUUUCCUCCGGUUCACGUUGGAACCAGAGCUCCAAGUCACCUUCGCGACGAUCCUAAACCGACCGGAAAACCGGCCUCUUCUGGACGCUUGGCUCAGCGACCGAAGCUCAUAGCAUGGCUCUACACAAAACUCAGCACGCCACACUCAUACCACCAAGCGCCGCAAAAAGACCAAAUCGUUUUACAAUUCGCCACUAUUCUCAGGAAACUCAUGUACAAAGAGACCUUGGUCAAGGUUUUCAAAGCAGAGGACGCGUUGGGGUUGCUGCGUGAUCACGGCAAAGCAA